CUUGAAGUGCCCAAGUACUUCAUCAGUUGGGCUGAACAAAUGUAUCUCAGAAAUUAAGAAUUUUUCCUGGAAGGAGUUUUCAGAUUGUUUGAACUUCUCUGGCCGCACAAUACAGGAGGGAAGCGUGAAGCAGCAUAGGGACCUACAGCGUCUGCAGCAUGGGCUGCUUCACUAAGGUUGUCUGUCUUUUCUGGGGAGUAUUACUUACAGCGAGAGCAAACUAUCAAAAUGGGAAGAACAAUGUGCCAAGGCUGAAAUUAUCCUACAAAGAAAUGUUGGAAUCCAACAAUGUGGUCACUUUCAAUGGCUUGGCCAACAGCUCUAGUUAUCACACCUUCCUUUUGGAUGAGGAACGGAGCAGGCUGUAUGUUGGAGCAAAGGAUCAUAUAUUUUCAUUCAACCUGGUUAAUAUCAAGGAUUUUCAAAAGAUUGUGUGGCCUGUGUCUUACACCAGAAGGGAUGAAUGCAAGUGGGCUGGAAAAGAUAUUCUGAAAGAAUGUGCUAAUUUCAUCAAGGUGCUUAAAGCUUAUAAUCAGACUCACUUGUACGCCUGCGGAACGGGGGCUUUUCAUCCAAUUUGCACCUACAUUGAAAUUGGACAUCAUCCUGAGGACAACAUUUUUAAGCUGGAAGAUUCACACUUUGAAAAUGGCCGUGGGAAGAGUCCAUAUGACCCUAAACUGCUGACAGCAUCUCUUUUAAUAGAUGGAGAAUUAUACUCUGGAACAGCAGCUGAUUUUAUGGGGCGAGACUUCGCUAUCUUCCGAACUCUUGGGCACCACCACCCCAUCAGGACAGAGCAGCAUGAUUCCAGGUGGCUCAAUGAUCCAAGGUUCAUUAGUGCUCACCUCAUCCCAGAGAGUGACAACCCGGAAGAUGACAAAGUAUAUUUUUUCUUCCGUGAAAAUGCGAUAGAUGGAGAACACACUGGAAAAGCCACUCAUGCUAGAAUAGGUCAGAUAUGCAAGAAUGACUUCGGGGGGCACAGAAGUCUGGUGAAUAAAUGGACGACUUUCCUCAAAGCUCGUCUGAUUUGCUCAGUGCCAGGUCCAAACGGCAUUGACACUCAUUUUGAUGAAUUGCAGGAUAUAUUCCUAAUGAAUUCUAAAGAUCCUAAAAAUCCAAUUGUUUACGGAGUCUUUACAACUUCCAGUAACAUCUUCAAGGGGUCAGCUGUGUGCAUGUAUAGCAUGAGUGAUGUGAGAAGGGUGUUCCUUGGUCCAUAUGCUCACAGGGAUGGUCCCAACUAUCAGUGGGUGCCUUAUCAAGGAAGAGUCCCCUACCCACGACCAGGAACUUGUCCCAGCAAAACUUUUGGUGGAUUUGACUCUACCAAAGACCUUCCUGAUGAUGUUAUAACAUUUGCAAGAAGUCAUCCAGCCAUGUACAACCCAGUGUUUCCUAUCAAUAACCGCCCGAUAAUGAUCAAAACAGAUGUAAAUUAUCAGUUUACACAAAUUGUAGUGGAUCGAGUGGAUGCAGAAGAUGGCCAGUAUGAUGUCAUGUUUAUUGGAACAGACAUUGGAACUGUUCUCAAAGUAGUUUCAAUUCCUAAAGAGACUUGGCAUGAUUUAGAAGAAGUUCUGCUGGAAGAAAUGACAGUUUUUCGGGAACCAACUACUAUUUCAGCAAUGGAGCUUUCCACUAAGCAGCAACAGCUCUACAUCGGCUCUGUAGUGGGCGUGGCCCAGCUCCCCCUGCACCGCUGCGACGUUUACGGGAAGGCCUGCGCCGAGUGCUGCCUCGCCCGAGACCCCUACUGUGCCUGGGAUGGCUCUUCCUGCUCGCGCUACUUUCCUACGGCAAAGAGACGCACAAGAAGACAAGAUAUAAGAAAUGGAGACCCACUAACUCAUUGUUCAGACUUACAACACCAUGAUAAUCACCAUGGCCACAGCCUUGAAGAAAGAAUCAUCUACGGAGUAGAAAAUAGUAGCACAUUCCUGGAAUGCAGUCCAAAAUCACAGCGAGCUCUGGUCUACUGGCAAUUCCAGAGACGAAAUGAAGAGCGCAAAGAAGAGAUCAGAGUGGAUGACCAUAUCAUCAGGACAGAACAAGGCCUUCUACUGCGUAGUCUACAGCGGAAGGAUUCAGGCAAUUACCUGUGUCAUGCCGUGGAACAUGGAUUCAUGCAAACUCUUCUUAAAGUGACCCUGGAAGUCAUUGACACAGAGCACUUGGAGGAACUUCUUCAUAAAGAUGAUGAUGGAGAUGGCUCUAAGACCAAAGAAAUGUCCAACAGCAUGACACCUAGCCAGAAGGUCUGGUACAGAGACUUCAUGCAGCUCAUUAACCACCCCAACCUGAACACAAUGGAUGAGUUCUGUGAACAGGUUUGGAAAAGGGACAGGAAACAACGUCGGCAAAGGCCAGGACAUACCCAAGGGAAUAGUAACAAAUGGAAGCACUUGCAGGAAAAUAAGAAAGGGAGAAACAGGAGGACCCACGAAUUUGAGAGGGCACCUAGGAGUGUCUGA